UUCGAUGAUGUUGUUCUUAAUACCGGUGUAUACAAAGGGAAGCUUAAGUUAGCUGAGCAAGUUGUUGCGGGUAUAUGGUCUAUGCAAGUUUUUUUAGGGCAGCAAAUGUUGACGGAGAAAAUUAUCGAAGUGAAAGAUUAUGAAUUGCCACUAUUUGAAAUUGACUUGGAGAUGCCUAGCUAUGUGUCGCUGAAAGAUAAAAACUUUUUAAUUAAAGUAAAAGCACAUUACACCUUUGGCAAACCGAUAUUUGGUACCUGUGUACUCACAUUCAAUGUAACAAGAAAUAAUGUACUAAGAAAACAAUAUAACUUGCAAGAGGGUGAGUUGGAUAUUCCAAUCAACGUAAGGGACCUUGGUGGAAGGUUACGAGUUAUUCCCAUAACUGUCGACGUUCUAGAUGGCGCAACACAAAACUCACGUAAAAUCUCGAAAACAAUUAAAAUUGUAGCCAGUCAUUUUGAAAUAGAAACACCCGACGUUGUUCACGAGUGCAAUGGAGAAGAUGAGACAUUUGUCUAUCGUGCUCACAUUUCACAUAAAAAUGGAAAUCCGAUCGAUCGGGAAGUUUACCUCACACUUGAUAUGCGUACAAAAGAUGAUCUUAUAAGUGAUGCGCUUGUAACUUAUGCAGAAAAUAAUGGUGAUGUUGAUGUGAAUAUUGAAUGCGCAAACUACGUCAGCAUAAAUGUAACAAUCAAAUAUGAAAACUCAGAAAGCACGGGCGUUAUACAACUAUAUCAUAACAAGGAAGGCGGCGAAGGUGGACUUUAUGUUAAGACACAAGAUCCCACAGUAGACGAUGCGAUAGAAAUACGUCUCGUAUCGCCUGAGGAAUUUUCCAGAUUUGUAUGUGUAAUUGUCGGACGUGGCAAUAUUGUAUAUACUGAGGCCAUCGAAGUACCCAAUGGCGGUUCGAGCCAURCACACACUUUCUCUGUUACACCAACUUAYGAAAUGAUGCCGGAAGCGUAUAUGUUUGUCUAUUUUUUCAAAAACGGAAGGAUGAUUCAUUAUGAGACGAAAUUCAAAGUUAAGAAUCAAUUUAAAAAUACUAUUUCCAUCGAUGCCCCAGAUGUUGUCAAGCCAGGCGCAUAUAUUAACUUAAAUAUCGACACGGAGCCAAAUUCGUACGUUGGCUUAUUGGGUGUUGACAAAAGUGUGUUGCUGCUAAAGUCAGGCAAUGAUUUCGAUGCCGAAACAAUUUUUGACGAUUUAAGGAAUGUGAACAGUACAAUAUCAGGAAGAUAUGAACUACCAGGUAUAUCAUCUGGCCUUGUAACAAUGACGAAUGCUCAUUACAAUAUAGACAAGGGAAUCAGUGGCGAUAAUGAUUUUAGAAAUGGUAACCCAAACCCGCGUCGACAUUUCUUUGAAACUUUUGCGUUUGUAGAUUUUACCAGUGAGGAUGGUCAUAAUGAAUUGCGCCAAAAAAUACCUGAUACCAUAACUACKUGGGUGCUUACAGGGUUUUCUCUCAAUCCAAAAACUGGAUUUUCGCUUACAACAACACCAACGAAUGUAAGGACUUUUUUGAAAUUUUUCCUUACCGUUAAACUGCCACAAUCCGUAAAAUUAGGCGAGAUUAUAGAACUGGAAGCAACAAUCUUUAACUAUUUACGCNAAUAUUGUGCUUUAUCGAAACCACAAAAUAGUUUGAAAGAGAAGGUCAAACGUGAUAGCAAUUCUAAAAUGAUCUACGACUAG